AUGCCCGUCAUUGACAAGCUCACCGGUGCCACCGGGUUGUCAGGACUACACCUGCUUCUCGGUGCCGUUGGAGUCUCUCUCAUCCUGUACAUCACUGCCACCACAAUCUACAACAUCUUCUUCCACCCUCUCGCCUCCUACCCCGGUCCCCUCCUACACCGCGCCUCCCCCAUCCCCUUCGGCAUCCGCCACACCCUCGGCCUACAAGCCUUCCACACGCAGACCCUUCACGACAAGUACGGUCCCGUCGUGCGCAUCUCGCCCAACCACCUCUCCUUCACCGACGUGCGCGCCUGGCGCGACAUCUACGGCCACAUCGCCGGCAGCCGUCAGGGCCAGGAGGAGAUGUCCAAGUGCAAGUCCUUCGUCCGCCCCGUCGACGACCAAGCCACGCACAUCAUCAGCGCCGGGCGCGAGGAACACACGCAGCUGCGCCGGGCUUUGUCCAACAGCUUUUCGGACGCUUCGAUGCGCGGGCAAGGGCCGCUGAUCGGGAAGUACAUCGACUUGCUGAUCCACAAGCUUCAUGAGCAAGGGGAGGAGGGGAGGGUGCCCCUGAAUGCGACAUCGUGGUAUAAUUGCGUGACGUUUGAUAUUACCGGUGACUUGAUCUUUGGCAUGCCGUUCGGCGCGCUGGCGGGGAAUGCAAACCAUCCGUGGUUGCAGUUCAUCCUGGGCAGCUUGAAGAGCAUGUCGCCGUUGGGGGCGCUGAGCUAUGUGGGACUACACUGGGUUGCUCAGGUCCUCUGGAAGAUGUUGGGCGCGGAGGUGUUUAGGAAGAGUAUGGAGAGCGUUGAUCUGAUGUUGAAGGAGAGGUUGAAGAUGCCGGUGGAUAGGAAUGAUUUGUUCGUGGGUUUGGUUCAACGGCAGGAGAAGCUGGGUCUCAGCUUUGAGAAACUUUCCGCAAAUGCCUGGUUUCUUGUGCUUGCCGGAUCGGAAACAACAGCAACUACCCUCUCGGGCGUAACUUACUUCCUCACGCAGAACCCCGAAGUCCUCAAGAGAGUGACCCAGGAAGUCCGCACUGCGUUCAAGUCCGUCGAAGAAAUCGACAUCAACUCCGUUAACAAGCUCACCUACAUGCUUGCCGUGCUAAACGAGACCCUGCGUUUGUAUCCCCCCGUGACAUCGAACUUGCCUAGGAUUGUGCCCCGUGGAGGAGCCAAGGUUUUGGGAGAGUAUAUCCCUGAAGGGACACUCGUCGAAGUCCAACAAUGGUCCAUGAACCACAGUCAAGAGAACUGGGCCGACCCCUGGACUUUUAAUCCCGCUCGCUUCCUCGACGACAAGGAGACGGCUAUGGCGAAGGGCAACAUGCUCGACGCUUUACAGGCAUUCGGUGUCGGUCCUAGGAACUGUCUAGGAAGAAACCUCGCGUAUGCUGAAAUGAGAUGGAUUCUUGCCCGUAUACUUUUCGAUUUCGAUCUGCGGGGGGCACCGACCAACCAGAAAUGGAUCGAACGGCAAAGGUCGUACGGUCUCUGGAUGAGGGUACCUCUUGAUGUGUACUUUGAGCCUGCGAGAGAGAAGAAGUAA